GUGAAUUCACAUAGCCUUACAAAAAAAAAGAAAAGAAAAAAGAAAUGGAUUUGAAUUUCCUGUCGCAGAAGUCUCUCUGCCGAAGCGCCGUGGGAAAGGGUCGCAGGAGAGUCCCUUGCGACAGUUCGGGCUCUCCUGAUCUGAGUACCGAUGUCGAGGCGAGGGUCCUGGUCAUAAACACCGGAGGAACUAUUGGAAUGAUCUUGCAUGACGGAGUUCUGUCUCCAGAACCAAAUGCUCUUGUUAAAACUCUACGCACACUCCCCAUUCUGCAUGAUGAGCCUUACGCACAACGGACAAAGCUGUAUGAAUGUUACAAGCCUGAGGAUAAAACACUGGUGCUGCCACGAUCCAAACUGGACAAGAGGGUUGUGUAUACGUUUUUAGAGUACUCUCCCCUGCUUGACUCCAGCAACAUGACUCCAAAUGACUGGAUAACUAUCGUAAAAGACAUUGAGAAAUACUAUGAGGAUUAUGAUGGGUUUGUUGUUCUGCAUGGCACUGACACCAUGGCUUACACCGCCUCUGCCUUAUCAUUCAUGUGUGAGAAUCUGGGAAAGCCUGUCGUCCUCACUGGCUCACAGGUGCCCAUCUUUGAGAUGAGGAGUGAUGGGAGGGACAACCUCUUAGGGGCGCUGUUGAUUGCAGGACAGUUUGUCAUUCCCGAGGUUAGCCUCUAUUUUCACCAUAAGCUGUACAGAGGCAAUCGUGUCACCAAGGUGGACUCUGGAAGCUUCAAAGCAUUUGCUACACCAAAUCUUCCACCAUUAGCCAAUUUUGAAGUUGACAUCAACAUUAACUGGGACACUGUGUGGCGACCAAGAAUAACUUCCAAAUUCACCGUUAACACACAAAUGAACCAAAAUGUGGGUCUCCUGCGACUCUUCCCAGGGAUUACUACUGAUACAGUCAAGGCCUUUUUGACGGCUCCCAUGGAGGGUGUCAUUUUGGAGACCUACGGCAGUGGUAAUGCCCCUGAUAACCGCCAAGACUUGCUGGAUGAGAUCUGUAAAGCGACUAAGAGAGGACUCAUCAUUGUCAACUGCACUCAGUGCCUCAGGGGCACAGUCACAAUAGCAUACGCCACUGGCCAGGCUCUGGCUAAGGCGGGUGUGGUUGCUGGGUUUGAUAUGACUCCAGAAGCUGCUCUUUCAAAGCUCUCCUAUGUGCUGGCAAAACAGGACAUCAGUAAAAAAGAGAAGGAGGAGAUGAUGAGUCGCAACCUGCGUGGUGAGAUGGUAGCUGACCUGCAGGGAGCAAAGCUCUCUCUCAGCGACAGUCGCUUUAUUCAGGUCAUCGCCAGGUCCCUCAGCGUUGGCUGUAAAGAGGAGCUUGAAGCCAUACGAAAUGCGCUAACGCCCACUCUGGCCUGUGCUGCAGCUAAGAUUGGAGAUACUGAGGCUUUAGAGGCCAUACGAGAAAUGGGCACUGACUUGAGCAUGGCGAAUUAUGAUGGCCGAACUCCCCUUCACAUCGCUGCAUGUGAGGGACAUCUGAAAGUGGUGCAGUAUCUGCUGAGUAAAGGGGCCACAGUCUAUAUCAAAGAUCGCUUUGGCAAUACGCCGCUUCAAAAUGCCAUUCACUUCAGGCAUAAGGAUGUUGUGGAGCUGCUGAGGAAGUGUGGAGCUCACCUCUCCCGUGAUGAAUUGCAGGAUACUGGAACAGAGCUGUGCCGUCUUGCUGCAAGUGGUGACUUGGAGGGAUUGAAGAUUUGGAAGUUAGCUGGGGUUGAUAUGGCCAUGUCCGGUUAUGAUGGAAAGACUCCUUUUGAAGUGGUGAGUUUAAUGGGGAUGUGCAGUGUGGAAUAG